UAAGGAUACAUUUCUUUUAGACUACCUUUGGCGAUAGGCAAGCAAGUACCGGUAGUAGUACAAUCAAGACGAUCUGUUCGUAGUAGGCUACUAGCUAGUAGCGUCGUGGAGCAUCAAAAGAAACAAACAAACCAACAAUGAUGGAAAUAGAUCCAGUAGAUGACGGGCCCAUCCAAAAGGAUGUGCCCACCCCAACGGGGCCAUCCGCUUCACCGUUUAACUCGCCUGCUCCUCAACAACCAGUGGCACCAAUAUCCAAGGAAGAUGAGGCGCGACAAGUCAUUGAAAUGUUGCGCGCUGAGGAUGUCUCGGAAAGGGUAUCUGCGGCGAGGAGAUUGGAAGCUGCUGCUGCUGUACUUGGUGAACAGCGAACUCGAUCGGAGCUUCUGCCCUUUUUGACAGACGCUGCUGACGAUGAAGAUGAAGUGCUCCUGGCAGUGGCAUCAUCACUCGGUUUGCUCAUCCCACAUGUGGGAGGAUCUUUGCACGCUCAUUGUCUGCUGCUACCACUCGAAAUUCUGCUGACAGUAGAGGAGGCUGCGGUAAGAGAGGCAGCCUGCAAGAGUACUGAAAUUGUCGCUCAAAGCCUCCCACAGGCUACUUUUCAGGGAGAGUAUGCAGAAAUGGUCAGCCGGUUGUCUUCCAAGGAAUGGUUCACGGCACGCUGCUCUGCGGCAGUACUGCUCUCCACGGCUUAUCCCAGCUUUAAUACGCAACAACAAAAUCAACUACUGACAAACUUCUCCAAACUCUGCCGCGAUGAUACACCAAUGGUACGCAGAGUGGCCGCGCAAAAUUUAGGGAAAAUGGUGAAAAACGUGGUGACUGUGAUGGGAAGAACAUCUUUGACUCCAACUGGAAAAGUCACCACAUUGCUUCUUCCAUUGUACGAAGAACUUGCUUCAAAUGAUCAGCCGGACUCUGUGAGGUUGCACACCACCGACAAUUGUGUCAUUUUUGGUCAAAUCAUGAGCGACAUUGUGAAAGACGCCCCACUAGAACAUGACGAAUUGGCUUUGAUAAGCCGGGUUAUGCCUCUCAUCAUGGCAACCAUUGAUGAUCGGUCAUGGAGAGUGAGGUGGACGGCCGCUGCAAAGUUCAACGACGUGAUAUCUGCAUACGACAUGCUACCAGGCACAAUGGAGUCUCUGGUUCCAGCUUUUGAAAAACUAUUGCAAGACCCCGAGGCAGAGGUAAGAACUGCUGCAACCUUUAAUUUGGCUCAUGUCGCCAAUUGCAAAGCAAGAGUGCUGGUGUCAAACAAUGGACGUCCUCCGGAUGGAGGUAUGGACUCGAGUGGUCAUCGCACAUCCGUCGCAGAACGUUUGGUCAAGCGGGUCACGAGCUUGACGGAAGAUGACAGUGAUCAUGUUAGGGCUGCCCUUGCCAUGGUGGCUACAGAACUCGCUCCAAUUCUGGGGAAGGAAUCCACAAUCACCCAUCUGGUACCUCCAGUGCUCUUGUUGCUUCGAGACGCUGCUUCCGAAGUUCGGUUGAAUCUUAUUUCUUCACUUUCGGCAUUGAACGAAGUCAUUGGUGUAGACCUUCUGUCCCAGUCGCUCCUUCCAGCUAUUUUGGAUUUGGCACAAGAUGGAAAAUGGAGAAUACGCCUAGCGAUAAUCCGGCAGAUUCCUCUCCUUGCCAAACAGCUAGGCAAGGAUUUCUUCACUGAGAAGCUGAUUUCCCUCUGUGUUGGGUGGCUUGGUGAUGACAUUGCAAGCAUUCGCCUUGCUGCGGCGACAAACGUCAAGGAACUUGCUGCUUUGUUUGGAACUGGUUGGGCCAUGGAAAACUUGAUUCCUGCUGUACUUGAAAUUCGUGAGAACAAGUCCUACCUAAGAAGGCUAACGGCCCUCCAAGCAUGUUCCAUGAUCUCGUUGGUUGUGGACGAUGACACGACUCGAAGUGAACUCCUACCUAUUAUCCUUGAGAUGGCCGCCGAUGGUGUCCCAAACAUCCGCUUCAAUGUGGCGAAAGAACUUCAACUCUUGGCUCCCAAAUGUGGUUUGUCGGUUUUUGAAUCACAGAUUGCCCCUGUUUUGAGUCUGCUGUCGGAAGACGCCGACCGUGACGUUAGAUUCUUUGCAGACAAGACGUCACAAGCACUGAAGAAGGAGUUUGCCAUGUCUGAAUGAAUGUAUGCCAUUGUAAUGAAAACUACUAGGCUGAUCAUGUUUCGCAGCGCUUCUAGCUAGCCUAUUGCUGCAAGUAUUACCGUACGGGUUUUGCCUGCUUCGAAAUUAGAUUCCGACAUGGCCCUCGUACGUAACAGGCUCCAUCCCGUACAGGUAGAAGCUUCGUCCCUCGGCGAUCAGCA